CAUCCACGAACAAGCUUAUGAGAAAAAUAGAAGAAAGAAGGCCAAAGAGGCAUGCCAGAGAAGGAAGUUUACAGAGUCCAAGGGAUUCAGAGAAGAUUGCAGUGGGACUGCCUCUGAGAGGGAGUGUUUACAUCACCAAUUCCUGACGGGUUUACCUUCUGGGACUCCAACCUUGGACUGCUGCCGGGACAUUUGUCUUGGACUUGUCCUCUGGGCUGGUCACUAAGGAUUUUCCCUGGAGCGUGACUUUGAAUAUGACACUUCAGUAAUGCAGAAGCUAUGGGGAAGAGAGAGGUGCUUAAAGGUGGAAUCACAGCCCCAACUGAGUCAAGAAUGGGCACAGUCCCAGGCUGUUCCCUGUGUGAAGUAUUUCCUGCUGGUAUCUUCCCUGGGCCUAUCUUGGAAGCUAGUUCUGCAGCCGCCCUUCAGUCAUGAUUGUUUCAAGAUUAAAGGCCAUUUCCCUGUCAUUGCCAAGCCUUUUUCUUCUUGCUUUUCAUCUCUCAGCAUCACAGAAUGUACCUGAAUACUCUGAAGCUGAACAUCAGCAAUGUGUCAGGAAAGAACACCCCACAAUUGCUUUUGAAGAUCUGAAGCCCUGGGUGUCAAAUUUCACCUAUCCAGGUGUGCAUGACUUUUCUCAGCUUGCACUGGAUGCCAACAGGAACCAGCUCAUUGUGGGAGCAAGGAACUACCUCUUCAGACUUAGUCUACACAACGUUUCUCUUAUUCAGGCAACAGCAUGGGGUUCAGAUGAAGACACCAGGAGGUCCUGUCAAAGUAAAGGGAAAACAGAGGAAGAGUGCCAGAACUAUGUCCGAGUGCUGAUUGUUUAUGGCAAGAAGGUUUUUACCUGUGGUACCAACGCCUUUUCACCAGUGUGUUCCAGUCGACAGGUAGGAAAUCUCAGCAAAAUCAUUGACAGAAUUAAUGGAGUGGCUCGGUGCCCAUAUGACCCUCGGCAUAACUCGACAGCUGUGAUUACAUCACGAGGAGAACUCUAUGCUGCAACUGUGAUUGAUUUUUCUGGACGGGAUCCUGCUAUUUACCGCAGCCUUGGAAAUGUUCCCCCACUUAGGACAGCACAAUACAACUCCAAAUGGCUCAAUGAGCCUAACUUUAUUGCUGCCUAUGACAUCGGUUUGUUCACCUACUUUUUCUUCCGUGAGAACGCAGUGGAACAUGACUGUGGGAAAACAGUGUAUUCUCGUGUGGCAAGGGUUUGCAAAAAUGAUAUUGGAGGAAGAUUUUUGCUGGAGGACACAUGGACAACCUUCAUGAAGGCCAGACUGAACUGCUCCCGUGCUGGAGAAAUCCCUUUCUAUUACAAUGAAUUGCAAAGCACCUUCUACCUUCCUGAGCAAGAUCUGAUCUAUGGUGUCUUCACGACUAAUGUAAACAGCAUAGCUGCCUCAGCAGUGUGUGCCUUCAAUCUGAGUGCCAUUACUCAGGCGUUUAAUGGCCCUUUCCGUUACCAGGAAAACCCAAGAUCGGCCUGGCUGCCAACGUUAAACCCCAUCCCUAAUUUCCAGUGUGGGACGCUGAAUGAUGACAGCCCUAAUGAGAACCUGACGGAGAGAGUCCUGCAGGAUGCACAGCGCCUGUUCCUGAUGAAUGAUGUCGUGCAGCCGGUGACUGUGGAUCCGUAUGUGACUCAGGACAGCAUUCGAUUCUCCAAGCUGGUGGUUGAUAUUGUUCAGGGGAAGGAUACUCUCUACCACGUGAUGUAUAUUGGAACAGAGUAUGGCACCAUCUUGAAGGCCCUUUCUACCACUAACAGGAGCCUAAGGAGUUGUUAUUUAGAGGAAAUGCAGAUCCUCCCUGAUGGACAACGGGAAGCAAUCAAGAGUCUCCAAAUCCUGCACAGCGACAGGUCGCUCUUUGUGGGCUUAAAUAAUGGAGUGCUAAAAAUUCCUCUGGAGAGAUGCUCCAUGUACAGAACAGAAGGGGAAUGCCUAGGAGCCAGAGACCCUUACUGCGGCUGGGAUAGCAAGCAGAAGCGAUGCACCACCAUUGAGGAUAGCUCCAACAUGAGCCUGUGGACUCAAAAUAUUACUGAAUGCCCAGUGAAAAACCUGACAACAAAUGGAAGAUUGGGGCCUUGGUCCCCAUGGCAACUGUGUGAGCACUCGGAUGGGGACAGCACAGGCUCCUGUAUGUGUAGGUCACGUUCAUGUGACAGCCCUCGUCCUCGCUGUGGAGGUCGCGGUUGUGAAGGGGCCAGGAUUGAGGUCGCAAAUUGUUCAAGAAAUGGCGCUUGGACACCCUGGUCUUCCUGGGCCCCAUGCAGCACCUCCUGUGGGAUUGGCUUCCAGGUCCGCCAGCGAUCCUGCAGCAAUCCUGCUCCACGGUAUGGGGGCAGGGUCUGCGUUGGACAGGGCAGGGAAGAAAGAUUCUGUAAUGAGAACAGUCCAUGUCCAUUACCAAUUUUUUGGUCUUCAUGGGGACCCUGGAAUAAAUGUAGUGUGAACUGUGGUGGAGGGAUUCAUUCAAGGCAGAGGUCCUGUGAAAACGGAAAUACGUGUCCAGGCUGUGCUGUGGAAUAUAAGACCUGCAACCCAGAGAGCUGCCCGGAGGUGCGCAGGAACACCCCCUGGACCCCCUGGAUGCCUGUAAACAUCACCCAGAAUGGUGCCCGCCAGGAGCAGCGCUUCCGCUAUACGUGUCGUGCCCAGCUGUCAGACCCCCACGAGCUGCAGUUUGGGAGGAAGAAAACCGAGAGUCGUUUCUGCCCCAACGAUGGUUCAGCCGUGUGUGAUACUGACUCUCUUGUUGAUGACCUCCUCAAGACUGGUAAGACCUCUGCACGGAUUAUCAAUGGGGGCUGGUCCUUUUGGGGGGCCUGGUCUUCCUGUUCCAGGGACUGUGAGCUGGGCUUUAGGAUCAGGAAGAGAACAUGCACAAACCCUGAACCUAAAAAUGGUGGCUUGCCCUGUGUGGGGUCAGCGAUGGAGUACCAAGACUGCAAUCCGCAUCCCUGCCCAGUGAAAGGCUCGUGGUCUUGCUGGACUCCUUGGUCUCACUGCUCAGCAACCUGUGGAGGGGGGCACUACCAGCGCACGCGGACGUGCACCAAUCCAGCCCCGUCCAGCGGGGAGGAUAUCUGCAUCGGCCUGCACACCGAGGAGGCCCUCUGCAACACGCACCCCUGCGAAGGUGGCUGGUCGGAGUGGUCGGAGUGGAGCCUGUGUAAUGAAGAGGGCAUCCAGUACCGCAGCCGCUACUGCGAGGUGCACAGCCCGGACUCUUCUCAGUGUGUCGGGAACAGCACCCAGUACCAGGAUUGCCUGUAUAAUGAAAUCCCUGUGAUCCUGCCAGCUUCCAGCAUUGAUGAGAGUACAAACUGUGGAGGUUUCAGUCUCAUCCAUCUGAUUGCCACUGGGGUCUCCUGUUUCUUCGGCUCUAGCCUCUUGACGUUUGUGAUUUACGUGUACUGCCAGCGCUGUCAGAGGCAGUCCCAGGAGUCCACCGUUAUCCACCCCACCACUCCCAACCAUCUCCAUUACAAGGGCAACACAACCCCCAAGAACGAGAAGUACACCCCUAUGGAGUUCAAGACACUUAACAAGAACAAUUUGAUACCAGACGACAGGACCAACUUCUACCCGUUGCAGCAAACCAAUGUGUACACAACAACCUAUUAUCCCAGUACACUGAAUAAAUAUGACUACAGGCCUGAGGCCUCCCCUGGAAGGACCUUUACCAACAGCUGAUGAUGGACAGAUCCUACAGGACUGGAUAACUUCCUAUAUGAUUUUUUUUUUAAUUGAUUUUAUGGACCAAAUACCGGCCCAGCCUCUAGAUGUAAAUAUUGUACAGUAGGGUCUUUUUUUUUUUCCUUUGGUUAAUUGUAUUUCUUGUAAACAGCACAUCUCCUUACAAGGACAAAAAUGCAUAUGGACCAUUCUGCAGAGCUUUUGUGGACAUUUGGCUGGAGAUGGCUCUUACUACUGCAACUGUUUAUGGCAGGAAGAUCAGUGUUGCUGUCCAAGGCCGACGUUGUCGAGGAGGGGGAUGUGUGCUGGGCUUGGUGGCCACUGUGCAGCAGCACACAACACACAGGAGCACUCCAAGCAAGGCCAGAGGUGGCCUUCCUGGGGCAGGGGUGUCUGUCUGAUGAAGAGCAUCCUUCCUGAGCCAGGAGAGCAGUGGUGUGCUGGAUGACACACAGCCUGUGAGACAGGCCAAACAGGACUCCAUCGUGCCAACAACUUGAAGAACAUUUUCUUUUCCUUUUUUUUUUUUUUAUUUUUUGAUUUUUUUUAAUGUUUCUGGAAAAAAAAAAAGUAGUAACUUUCUAGGGCAGUGUUCCCUUUAUCUUCAAUAGAAUCUUUUCAUAUUACAGGAAAUACUCUCUGCAGCCUUCUUUGGUAAUAUGCAGUUCAGCUGAUGAGAAACAACACACAAACAAAAGUGCAUUAUCCAAAGAAGCUUUCCAGAAUGUUUCCAGUCUUAAUUAAAAGAAAAUUAUACAGGCAGUGAGACACUGAGAAAAGUAAAUGUUGGAGUAACAUCGGAGACAUGAACUUGGAGUGCCUAACAAACAAAGAUGUUUAUAUCACUGGAAAAAGAGAUGUGAUGAUUGCCGCACAAGAGCCAUGGGCUUAUUUUCUUUCUUCCUUUUUCUUUUUUUCUGAGACAGUGUUAACUCUUUUGUUCUAGCUUUGAUCCUGAUUGCGCCUGCCAGGAAAGGCAACCUUAGAGGCCAUGCUCUUCUUGUGGGAAAUCACCAUGCUUUGGGCUAAUAUUUCCUCUUAUUUUAUUAUUGGGUUUUAGUUCCUUUACUCUCAAAGAGUGAAUAAUUCUGACUUUGCAGGGGUAAGGUAUUUUUAUAAGGAAUGUUUCCAUAGUCUGACAUGACCCAGAAAGUCUGCUGCACAUUCUUAUAGCGUCUUCCAGUGAAAUCGUAACACAGCUGAGUAAUGUGCAUUGUUUGCCAAUAUUUCUUUAAUUUUUCUGAGAAAAACAACCCAACAAACAAAUGCUGCUGCAGCUAUCGAAGUAAAUUGGGGCGGUAGCAUUAUUAAACAGUAUAUCCAGCCUUGAAAUGUAAUUUUGUGUAUGUGUGUGACUGUGUCUAUAAGAACUGUAUUAGUCUGAUGCAGAAGCCAUGUUGUCUACAACCAGAUGUUUGUCUGACAUAAUUGUUUGGCAAAAAGGAAACUUAUUGCUGGUGCUUAAUGUACAGUUACAUCCAGUGUGUUAGCAACGUGAACAAGUUCACCGCUGUUAUCAUUCAGUGUUUCUAAAUAUUUAUAAUGAACUCCUGAUGCUAAGGAUUUUAGAAUGUCGCAAUACAGAGCAUGAGAUAAAAGUACACCCUGAAAUACGCAUGAGCUCCAUGUGGUCCUGAGCUUGGCUUUGUCGUCUGCAUCUUACUCGAGCAGUUGCCAUGCCCGUGCCUGGCCACUGCCCCGGCCGUGUUCCCAGCAGUCCUGUCUGUCUGUGCUUAAUUCCAGAUUUCGCUGUAAGCCGACAUUGAUUGUUGCUCAGUGCUGUUCCUUUGCAGUUGCUUUUUGGAAGUCCAGCUUGGGCUGUGUACUCAGCUCUUUCACGUAGGCAGCUGGUAGGAAAUGAAGGAAGACUGUGUUGCUUGUGACAAGUAUAUUGCUUUUCCUGCAAGGAAGAACCAGCGUGGCUCUGUAAGCCUGUGUUAUGGCAGUUUGACCAGAGGGCAAGUCUAAAAAAACCUCCCAUUUUUUAAUUACUUUGUUUGACUUUGGUUUGCAGUGAUUGAAGGCUGUAGGGAUAUUUGGAAUGGGGUGAGGUCCUUAGUACUGCCACGAAGACACCUUCGGCUCAGCAGUGCCCAUCUUCAGCAGCUGCUCUUCUGGUUUAGCAGCUGAUCCUGCUUCUGCUCUGGUCCCACCAGAUGAAAUAGAGGGAGCAGAUGGAGAGAGAGGUGCUCUUAAAUAGAUUUAAGCUGAUGCAGACCUAGGAGAUCUGUCUGAAGCAACGUGCUGCAAGCCUCCAAGUAGGCACAGGGGUUCAGCACCUCUGACCCUCCAUAGCAGCACAGCCAGGCAAGAGCAGCAGGAGUGAAACAGGAACACCAGGGAAGCAGGAUACCACCGGUAGCAGGGACGAGCACCUGCAGAGAGGUUCUUCCCAGGCCCCUAAACUCCAUUUGAGGAGCAGUGCCUCACGCCAUGACAAGUUCACCCCGUCUCACUGAAUUUCCACAUCCUUCUCAGCAACACUAAGAUCCUGAUUUAAAGUAGUUCUAAGAAGUGUGUAGCCAUGGGGUUGAAAAUUAUCAUAUUAUCAUAUUAGACUAUCAGGAUGGGAUUUCCCAGAUUUAGUUUAUGUGAUUCAGGAGAAAACACUGGCUCCCAAGAUCCUUCUAGCCAUUGUAAAAUCAAAACCGUCUCUGAGCUUCCCCUUCAGAAGAUUCCCUGUAUUGGCACACUCUGCAAUUACCACGCACAAGGCUAGAUUGCAGCUGGAGUUGGGGGGGAUGUGAGCAAGUCAAACCUUGCAAUUAUCUCAAUUUUUUUUUUCUUUCUCUUUCCCCCUCCCUGCCUCUAAACAUUUUUUUUUCCCAUUUUUGGCUUCACAGAAUAACAUGAUGUAAACUGAUUUCUUUUCCCAAAGUACCAUAUAGCAGAUGAAAUUAUUUAAAUGUUCAACUCACCAAGACAGGUGAUUACUGCCAUUGUGCUCAGGAGGUGGAUAUUGGAGACUAUUGGAGGCAAGUGCUUUGAGGGUGAUGCAUGUGGUUAUAGUUUCAUCAGGACAUUCCUUCUUACCAGCCAUGCAAAGGGAUUCAGCCCUUUUUCAUAUAAUUGGCAAUCACAGCAAGGGGCUGUAGUCUCCAUUCGAGCAGAAAGCAGGAUCCAGGAGAGAGUGAAAAAAAAGAAAUCAGAACACUUAUUACUCAAUUAAUGUUUGCAGGAGAGUGCAGUUCUUUAAGGACGAUGUUAAUGUGGUGUGAGAGUUGCAUUUUUUAUGAGCUCUCUAAUGCGUGGCAGGUUAAUGACACCAUGUGCAGUGAUAUCUUGCAAUCCAGGUAAUUCAGAACCUUGAGCAUCAGGUCUGUAAUAUCUGUAUCAGUUUGAAUUGCCCCUGCAACUGGAUGUUAAACUUGCUAAAAUUUCCUAUUCCUAAAGCCAUCUCCAAGUACACUGGAAAUGCAUUUCCUGUGGGAAUAUUGUUUUCCAAAAGACUCAUAUAAUUUUUUUUCUUUUACUUCUAAGACAGAAGGGGAACCCUGAGCAGUUUCUGUGUAGGUCUGGAGACACUGUGUCUCUGCAAACCCUUUGGGUAGUAUUCAGGUAUACAGUGUGUGAAAUAUGAUGGAAAUCCUACAGCCAAGUGUGUAGUGGAAACAUCUUUAAUUAGGCCAUUCUUUCUUUUUCCAUGGAAGUGAAAAAAGCCAAAGGGGUGUGCAUGAUGGUGCUAUCCAGGCUGUGUUGUGCUGUUGCUGUCAGGCUUUCCUUGAGCAGCUGUCACGCACCAGGAAUACCUUGUGCUGCUCACUAACAAACAAACCACUUGAUGAUGAAACCAUCACGUAAGAGGUGCUGUCGCUCUAAGGGUGCCUUUGAAUGUUCCAGCAUGUGAGCCAGGGCUGCUCUUAAA